UAGUUGUAAUCAGGACUGUUGUUCUUGACAUUUUUAGGUACCAGCUACUGACAAUGUCGGCAGACGGCCCUGACGCUCACAUUACGGAGGUGAAACCAUUAGUGGAGAGAGAAGAGGCAAUCACACAUCUCCUACCUGACUUUGAUGUUCAGGAACAAGAUAUUGAGACAGUACAUGGCUCUGUCCAUGUUACCAUGUGCGGGACUCCUCGAGGAAAUAGGCCUGCCAUUCUAACAUACCAUGACAUUGGACUCAAUCACAAAACUUGCUUCAACCCCCUCUUCAAUUUUGAAGACAUGCAAGAAAUCACACAGCAUUUUGCAGUCUGCCAUGUGGAUGCGCCUGGACAGCAAGAUGGGGCAGCCUCUUUUCCACCUGGAUACAUGUACCCUUCAAUGGAUCAACUGGCUGAAAUGCUUCCUGGAAUUCUGAAACAGUUUGGGUUGAAAAGUGUGAUUGGAAUGGGAACUGGAGCUGGUGCCUACAUCUUAACCAGAUUUGCUCUUAAUCAUCCUGAUAUGGGGAAGGACUCGUUACUUAAUGUCAACCCAUGUGCUGAAGGAUGGAUGACUGGGCAGCAACUAGAUGAUUUGCCCAAUGAGGCAGAGGAGCAUGCUGACUCUUGCAACGAAACAUCCCCCGGCAUAGCUUCUGUCCGCUUCCGGGACGUCUGCAAUCUAGCAGACUAA